GCACCGGGGAAUUGCAGGGCCACGUCGAGUGCGUCGAGUACCCAGGUACUUUCCAGGGUCGUUUCUUCCGUCAUGCGGGCGGAAGUCGGUGGACGUGCGGCGUCGACCGUCGCGCGGGGCAUCUCGUCGGGCUUGUACCCGGUGGUGAUCUGGAUGAGCACGAGAUGAAAGCGCGAGUUACCUCCACAUCGCGGGAUGUCGUCGGGAUUGACUGGGUGAAGGGGAGAGGACGGAACGGGAUGAGGACAGCCGGGGAAAUGUCCAGCACGGUGAUCGGCGGUAGCUCGAGACGUCGUUCGCUGAUGCUGCUCACUACGAUCGUCUACUGCUGCUGGCUGCUGAUGAUCGGCGAAUGCGUCGGCCAGAAGCCGAUUAAUCUCGGCGGCAGCAAGAAGCGCGACGUCUACAUCGCCGGCUUCUUCCCGUACGGCAAUCACGUGCCGGAGGGUCACAUCGGCCGCGGCGUCAUGCCCGCGGUGAAGCUCGCGGUGGAGCACAUCAACGAGCACCCGACGAUACUCAGGGACUAUCGACUGCACAUGUGGUGGAACGACACGGAGUGCAGUGCCGCCGUCGGGAUGAAGGCGUUCUUCGACAUGAUGCACAACGGGCCGCACAAGGUGAUACUCUUCGGCGGAGCUUGCACACAAGUCACGGAUCCGAUAGCGAAAGCCUCGAAACACUGGCGCCUUACGCAGCUCAGCUACGCGGACACCCAUCCUAUGUUCACAACCAAUAGCUUCCCGAAUUUCUUUAGGGUCGUGCCGUCGGAAAACGCCCUCAACGCACCGCGAGUGGCGUUGCUUCUGCAUUUCAACUGGACCCGGGUCGGUACGAUUUAUCAGAACGAGCCCAGAUACUCACUGGUGCACAAUCGGUUGGUGGCCGACCUGGAUGAGAGCAAAAUGGAGCUUGUGGAGACGCUAAGUUUUGCCACCGAGGUGACAACGGCGCUCGAAAAGCUUAAGGAAAGAGACGUGAGGAUCCUCCUGGGAAAUUUCAACGAGGCGUGGGCUAGACGGAUAUUCUGUGAGGCUUACAGGUUUGGCUUAUAUGGCAGAAAGUAUCAGUGGGUCAUCAUCGGGACUUACACCAGAGAGUGGUGGUUGCGCCCGGGUGGCGGAUGUGCCCCCUCCGAGCUGUCCGAGGCCCUCCACGGUGUCAUCCUGACGGAUUUGCUUCCGCUGACGACCGAGGAGCAACAUACCACGUCCGGAAUCACCCCGGACCAGUAUUGGAAAGAGUACGAUUCGAGACGGGGUAACGAGUACUCCAGAUUCCACGGAUACACGUACGAUGGUAUCUGGACGGUCGCCCUGGCUGUGAAACAUGUCGCGCGCAGGAUACGACACUUCCAUCGUAACCAGACUAUAUCCGACUUUCGGUACAGGGACGUAUUGUGGGAGAAGCUCUUCCUCGAUGCCCUCAGGAAUACAAGCUUCGACGGUGUCACGGGACCGGUCCGCUUCUACGACAAUGAGAGAAAAGCGUACAUUCUUCUAAAACAAUUUCUGGACGGUCGCGAGGUAAACGUAGGCGAGUACGAUAGCAUAACUGGCGUUCUGGAUCUGACGAGACAUAAGGCCUCGCUGUGGAACGGGAAAUCGCCACCGAAAGACAGGACGGUUCGCAUCAUCGAGCACUCCACCGUGGACAUCACGCUGUACGCGGUGCUAGCCUCGGCCGCUAGUGUCGGUAUCGUCAUGGCAUCCAUUUUUCUCGCCAUCAAUAUCAGAUACAGAAAUCAAAGAUACAUCAAAAUGUCAUCGCCCCACCUGAACAACCUUAUCAUCAUCGGUUGUAUACUGACCUACAGCAGCGUUAUCUUCCUCGGAUUAGACUCGCAAUUAUCGAGCGUAGCGGCUUUCCCGUAUAUCUGUACGGCUCGAGCGUGGCUGUUGAUGGCUGGUUUCUCGUUGGCCUUUGGUUCCAUGUUUUCAAAAACGUGGCGUGUACAUUCCAUAUUCACUGAUGUGAAGCUCAAUAAAAAGGUUAUAAAAGAUUACCAAUUGUUCAUGGUCGUCGGGAUAUUGUUGGCUGUCGAUCUCACGAUCAUGACAACGUGGCAAGUGGCCGAUCCGUUUUAUCGGGCGAUAAAACAAAUGGAGCCCUAUCAUCACCCUUCCAGCGAAGAUAUAAUAAUCAUCCCGGAAAAUGAGUAUUGUCAGAGCAAUCAAAUGAAUAUUUAUCUGUUUUGCAUAUAUGCAUACAAAGGCCUUUUAAUGAUAUUUGGUGCCUUUCUGGCAUGGGAAACGCGGCACGUUAGUAUACCGGCAUUAAAUGACAGUAAAUACGUCGGGAUGAGUGUGUACAACGUUGUUAUAAUGUGCGUCACUGGUGCAGCUAUAAGCUUCGUGCUGACUGACAAACAAGACGCCAUGUUUAUAAUGUUGGCGGUGUUCAUUAUAUUUUGUAGUACAGCCACUCUUUGUCUGGUUUUUAUUCCUAAGGUAAUAGAGUUACGCAGAAAUCCACAAGGGGCGAUAAAUAAGCGGACCAGGGCGACUCUGAGGCCAAUGCUGAAGAUACGAAGGGACUCGACAGUCAGCGAACUCGAUGAGCGUUUGAAGGAAGCGAAACUGACGAAUAAAAAAUUUCGAAAGCAAUUGUUACAAAAGGAUUCCGAGCUUCAGGGAUUUUUAAGGAGAAUGGGCGAGGAAGUUGAAAGCGAAACGCAAGAGACGGUCGAUACAUUGCCAGUUCCGAAGCCGGAAGAAGCUAAGAAGGAAGGUAAAGGACCGUCGAUAACCACAGAGACGACUGAUGUUUCAAUGUCAAUGUGUAGCUUGAAUUCGUCAACCGUUUCGCAGCCAGAGGGUGAUUACGUCAACGUGGAUCAAGUAGCAAAGAAAAGGGCAUCCCUUUCGAAGGCCACGUCAAUCAUCAUCGACAACGAAAGAGUGGCUAUGACGAGCCAGGCGAUCGAGGAGAGCUCUUCUCCAGGCGCUGAGGCGGCGUUGGACAUGACACCGCCGUCGCUAUCGUUAAUAACAACGACGACAACGGCGAUAACAACGACGACGAUGACGCAUAUGAGGCAUACGUGUGGCGCGGACGCGUCGCGGCGCAAGAGCAUCUCCGAGGAGGUGGGCAAGGACAGCGAACCAUUACUGAAGCGCCACAGGACCCCGGAGCCUCUGCCGACCGACGCUGUGACCACGCGAUACAGUUUCGUGCCACCGGUCGUCGAAGAGAGCGACUCCGUGAUCCUGGAAGAGACUGAGAUCGCGAGACACGUGUGCCGCGUGAGGAGGAGGAGCAAGGACGAGCGCAGGGCGAAGCUCUCGACGCCGCCGCCGACCAAGAACGUCUCCUUCGGUGAGCUCCACGAACAGAGCUACAUCGAGCACGUGAUGCCAUUUUCAUUGCAAUACGUGCCGAAUCAUCGGCAUACCGGGAAGUACGACGAGUCGAUGUCGACGAUCAUCCAGCGUUCGAUGUCGGAACGCACGCGGGAGAAGUGCCUGCGGCUGCACAUCGGUAGCGGCCAUCCUAUAGUCGAGUGCUCGCACCGCGUCGCACGCCGCAUGUGCCGGCACACCGGCUCGAAGCUGCGCCAUCAGGCGCGGCUCGAGUACGUGCAGAGCACCCCGAAUGUCGCGACGAUGCACAACGGCAAGCACGUCGCGGCGAAUCCGCGCGAUGGAAGCGGCGACGUAAACGGUGGUUCCGCGGUGAACGUGUCAAAGAUGUACAGCGCCGUAUCGGACGGUGAACUGCUGGAUCUGACGAUUCUGCCGAUCUUUCAGAAGCUCCUCACCGAGCGGCACAAGAGCACUGCCAGACGGGGCUAUCGCUCGAAUAUAGCUAGUUGCCCGAAUAUAUCCAUCAAGUGCGACAUCGUCGAGUACCUCUAACGGCCAAGCCGGCGACGACCUGACGCUUUCUCGGUUCUCCUCACCGCGCCGCGCGCCGCGCCGGCACGCGAAAUCACGUUUCUCGUCACGGACAUCAUCGAUCGUGUAGGACGUGUUAGAUCGAUUAUUAUCUAAGUUAAUUAUAGUUAAUCUCGCGUUUCGCGCGAGCGUCUUUUAGAUUGUUGCGCCCCGAGCGAGCGGUCGGCGACGUUGUUCGCGAUAAUGCAUCGUUAAAUCGAAGCGUACAUUUCAGACAGUUUUUACCAUUUCGUUGAUUUAUUUAUAAGAAUGGACGAUGGACUUGGAAUACCGUUAUACCGUUAUACCGCGCCACCGCAGCCGGGUUAAUUAAUUAUUCGUUCCGUCUCUCGCGUCCUCGCUCUACUGCACUCGAUAUAUCACGGUAAAGCGUGGACGAGGACAAAAAAAGAAAGAAAGAAAAUUGGAUAACGUAACGCUCUAGUAAUAAUAAUAAUGCUCGAAUCGUGUAACUCUCUCAAUCAACGAGAUACGAGAAAGACAACGGUCGACGAAUAAAGGUAAGACUUUUUCUAUAAUAUUACACACGAGAGAUAUUUUCUAAAGACGACGAUUAUUUAAGAGUAAGAAAAGGCGAAACGGAAGAAGAAAAUAUAAAAGAGAAAAUAAAAAGAAAAUAUAUAAAAGAAUAACGAAUUCGAAGUUUAACGAGGUCUAUCGCGAGCUCGAAGACUCAAAGUCACCGAAAAUCCCAUUAUCUGCUCGUCUCACUCGUCGUUGUUUGGUUCUAGACCUAAACGGAGUAAAUGUAUGGAUUUGCGCGCGAUAUUAUCGAGCACACUUAGUUACUUGAACGUCAGUCAAUAGAUCUUGUAUCUCAUUAGUGACGCAGCAUGUUACGCGACAUAUAACAAACAUUGCGGUGAAGCGAACGAGAGGGAAAAACUUGGUACACAUCCGUGAUAUAGUACACGCAGUUUCGAAAGGAACGAAGUCGGGGAGGAAGAGAGGGACGGGAGUCGUCUGUCUAUGUAAUCGAUAUAGCGUAUCGUUUUCGGGGAAGUGGGGAAGAGGGUAGGUAGAACCCUAGCAGCGAACAAAUAUUGUUUAAAUAUUUCCUAGUACGACCGAAGAAUAUUUUUGUGACGCGACUUUGAAACAUUGAACUAGUUCUAGUUAAUGCGGUUAAUCAAUUAACGAAUAUAUACCUUCGAGAUAUUUACAUUUACAACACAAAUUACAGGAAAACAUAAAAAAAAAAAGAAUACAAAAGAUAUUUGUUAGCCGCGGCAGAUUGGAAAGUUAUAGAUUUUAACUAUUGACUACUGUUGCAGUGAUUUCCAAUUUGUAAAGCAUUCUUCGUUCAUGACUGCGAGAACCCUUUGAAGAAAUGAGGAUUUACAAGCGUCUCCGUCGGCUAACAAAUGUUUUACAAAGAGAGGGAGAGAAAGCGAGAGAGAGAGAGAGAGAGAGAGAGAGAGAGAAAGAGAGAAAGAAAGUGUGUAUGUGUGUAAAUAUACAAUCUAUAAGGACUGUUAAAGCAGAGAUAUCGAGAGUAUGUUAAUUAGGAGCGUGUCCGUUCUCUCCUUCGAGAGCGCCCGUUUUCACGAGGCUCGCCAAAUCUCAGGCCGGAAGGCGGCAGAAGCGGUAUUUUACAAAUACUAAAAGUAAGUUUUCCCUCGCGUACAUUUCUAAAAUAAAUAACUAUGUGUUUGUAAAUAUAUGUUACAAAGUAAUGUAUAUUCAUUGAAUAUUUCCUACAUACACAUACGUACACAGAUGGAUACACAGACACAUAUAUACACGUCUAACUUGGCGCGUCUAGCCAAUUCUAGGGGGUAAUUAUGUGAACGUUCACCAAGUAUAUUUCGUUCUCCGCUAGGGUGCUGUGUUCAAAAAUACCUCGAGAAGUAUAGCGGAGCAUGUUAAUAAAAUGCCUUCGGGUAUAUCCCUAGAACUGAUAAUUAUCGAAUCGAAUCGAAUCAAUGCAUGCAUUGUCAAUUGCCUCAUAUCCUUUCGUUUUCUACGAGAAGUAAUAAAGAAACACGAUUCCAUUCUACGCGAAUCACGACGAGGAGAUUCUUCGGUUCGGGGAAAAUCGAAUUUGUAUACAUCUCUCUCUUGCCCUAAGACGGGGUGACUUUAUAUCAUGCGAAUGCGAAUCACGGAGGAAAAAUGUGCGGUUGAAAGGUAAAAUGGAUACACUGUUCCUUUAUGCGAGUGAAAUUGAGUUUUCGUUAUUCCAACUUGCGAGUGAACUCAUUAAAAGUAGAGCUCACUGAGUAUUUCCGUGAGAUUCCUAAGUUUCCUAAGUUGUGAGGUUCUCAGACGACGCGGCCUAAGUCAACGUAACUUGUGACGUGUAAUUCACGAUUCACGACCAAAGUUAACCAGAGAGGUUCUAAGAAGAAAAGAAUAAAAUCUUUCUUUUUUUCUCCUCUUUCCUUUUAAUGUGACGCGCAAUUGUUCUCGUGUAACAGUAUCCCGUUUUACGGCACGGAAGUUCCGUCGUGCAGCUCGCGUUUAAAUAUAGAGACACAACGAUUUCAAAUUCAUCAAAGCCGACAUCGCGACUCUCAAUUAAUAACGGUCUCGCGUCGUUUGAACUUUUAACAGAUGAAACGACGCUCUAAACAAAGCGAUGCAAUAUAUUCAGAUAAAUUAAGGAUAAUUUUAUUUCCGGUCAAUACCGGUCGCAUGACGAAACAUUCGACGCGUUUAUACUCGUAUUCCUACUGUUAGAGCAUGAUCUUAAUAUCCCGUAAUAAUUACGUAAGCCAGUGGUGUCGCAAGCCAUGCCAAAAGUUUUUUACAAAUCGUCGCGAGAGCAAAAUAAAGAGAGAAAAAAAACCUGACAGCAAUAUAUAUAUAUACAUAUAUGCGACUAAUGUAUGCGUGCGUGCAGCGAAGCUGAAGGCGAUUAUAAAGUAAGUGUGAUAAGAGUUACGAAGCGCUCUUUCUUCGAGAUACAUACAUCGGUGUAACAUACGGAUGUAUCUUUGUGAAAAAUGGGCGAAUUAAAAGUGAUCGACUGGAAUUCAUUCUGUAAAAUCCGAUUGCCAGACUUCGAAACCGGAAGAUUGGCGUUAAAACUUCGUAGUUCUCUUCCGACGAGUCUUUCGACCUCUUCUCGUAAAGAGAAAAGUUUCUUUUUCCGAUUCUCUCGAUCAAAUGAUGUAAUUCGAGCAGUUAAAUUUCUAAUAAGACCAGAAAUGGAGUUAACAAGGAUUGGAUGCGAUUUCGGAAACACUCUAUUCCCGCCGAUUUCUUUUAAUUCAAGGAUUAUAGGAAAGUACCUAAAAGGUAUUUUAUUAUCAGCAAGCACAUUUACUAGCGAGGAGUAACAACGACUCUUCUGGGGGAGUUGAUUAACAUUUGUUAACAUUGUUAUCGACUUUUAUAUAUUAUUACUAUUUACAUCUCUCUAUCUGUACAUAUAUUUUCGCAAGAGACAAUGCAUGUAUCGUCAAUUAUCACGCGUUUAAAAUAUCCAUCGUACCUCCAUUUCGAAGGAAAAGAACUCUGCAAAAAAUAAGUAAAUUUAAAGGGAUUGUGGAGAGAGAGAGAGAGAGAGAGAGAGAGAGCCCAUCUUGUGUGAAUGAAAUCGUGAACACAGUGUCGCAGGUCGCGUUCCCGUCCUUUUAGCUCGCCUAUUUUUUGCAGUAGAAGAGUAAAAUAGUUUACGAGUGCACUUACGUGACGAUCGAGGCUCGUCGUAAUGUGAGAGAUUGAUAGCAUGCCGGCGGAUAAAGAUAGGAUUCUUACAAGUUACCGGGCACGUGUGAUAUCUUACUAUCUAAAGUCUAUCGAGGUAAUUGCUGCGCAAGGCGAAUCUUAAUGUUCACCGCUGUCUACUCUCAAUAAAGUGGCUGUCAUUCAAUAUAAAUUACUUACUUUUUUAAUUUGACCGUGACAAAAAAAAA